CAAAUAUAGCAUUAGAGCGUCUUAAAGCAGUGAAGCACUAAUUGCAUCAGCGACCCCUCGCUGUAAGACAGAGGGGGGCAGGGAGAGAAUGAGCAUAUGAAUGGGGAUAAAGAUGUUAUGGAGUGGCCAGGCUGGGCUCAAGACGGGGGGAGGGGGUGUUUUGUUGCUCGUGUUUUCUAGACGAUAGAGUCCUCUCUCGGUCGCUGCUGCGGAGCCCGUACAGCUUCGGUUCCCGGCCAUGUUCAGCAGGGUGAAGAUCCUAUGGGCUGGACCGAAACCACCAUCCCCCCCGAAGACCGCGGACACCUCUACUGCUGCACGGGAGAAGAAGCCAGAGGAUAAGGAGAAUGAGGCUAAAAACGUGGGCACGUCUAAGGAGCCGGCUCCAGCCUCCAGCCCAGCCUCCCCACCAGCAUCAGCUCCACCUCCAGCCCCAACCCCUGCACCAGUCCAGGGUCCCGGCCCUACACCUUCACCAGCCCCAGCUCAAGCCCCUACACUUGCGCCAGCCCCAGUUCAAGGCCCUACACCUGCACCAGCCCCAGCUCAAGCCCCUACAGUUGCGCCAGCCCCAGCUCAAGGCCCUACACCUACGCCAGCUCCAGCUCCAGGCGCUACACCUGCAGGCGAACCUGGAAAAGAAGGGGAAGAAAUGCCUCCUCCUGAGCCCCGACCCGUCGUAAUCAACCAGUACUCAGACGAGCAGCUCCUGGCCAUCGUUAAGAAGAUGAGGGAGAGAACGGAGCACUACAAGGAGAAGGUGUUGGACCAGUAUGCUUCCUCCCCCGAGAUCACUCCGCCUGUUACACCGUUGCUCGGCAAGGACCGCUACGCCCGAGUGAUGGAGGAGAGGACGAGGCAGGCGGAGGAGGACCGCAUCGUGAAGGAGGAGGCGGACAAGAAGAAGAAAGAGGAACAGGAGCAGAAGAAGAAGGAGGCCGACCAGAAGAAGAAGGAGACGGAGGAGCAGAAGAAGGAGGAGAUGGCUGCGCUGGCGCUGGAGAAGCAGAAGAAGAAGAAGCUGGCCGAGGUGGCGUUCGCCUCGGUGGACGCCGUGCUGAGGCCAUUGGAGGAGGCCAUGGACUCUGUGCUGGGACACACCAUCGACCCCUUCACAGACCGGGUGUACAUCGCGUGGCUCAGCCUGGUGACGCUGGCCUUCAACUACAACAUCUGGUUCUCCACGGCCCGCCUCUGCUUCCCCUACCACACGGCCGAGGCCAUCCCCUACUGGUUCCUGCUGGACUCGCUGGCCGACCUGGUCUACCUGGUGGACUGCCUCCUCUUCCAGCCGCGCAAGCAGUUUGUCAAGGGCGGCGACGUCAUAAAAGACAGGCUGUUAACCAAGAAGAACUACAGGAACACUGAGCGCUUUAAGACUGACAUGAUGUGUCUCAUACCUUUUGAUCUUUUGUACAUGCAAUUUGGCUUCAAAUCCAUCUUCAGAGCAAAUCGCCUGCUAAAGGCAGAAACGUUCUUUGAGUUCAGUGAUCGUUUGGAGAGCCUGAUGACCAAAGCCUACAUCUGGAGAGUGAUUCGGACCAUUGGCUACCUUCUCUUCAUGCUCCACAUCAACGCAUGCUUCUACUACGUGGCUUCAGAUUACCAGGGCAUCGGCCAGACCAAGUGGGUCUACUCUGGCAAGGGGAGCGCGUACCUGCGUUGUUUCUACCACGCGGUCCGCAGUCUCAUCAACAUCGGGGGUCUUAGCGAGCCCCACACAGUCUUUGAGAUUACCUUUCAGAUGCUUAACUUUUUCAUCGGCGUCUUUGUAUUCUCCAGUCUGAUUGGCCAGAUGAGGGAUGUGAUCGGCGCUGCCACCACAGGACAGACCUACUUCCGGACCUCCAUGGACAACACCGUGUCCUACAUGGUGAACAACCACAUACCCGCUCUGGUGCAGAACCGCAUCCGUACCUGGUACACGUACACCUGGGACGCCCAGGGCAUGCUGGAUGAGUCCGAGCUGCUGGACAAGAUGCCCCUGGUAAUGAGAACUGCCAUCGCUGUGGACAUCAACUUGGCCACCUUCCAGAAGAUCGCUCUGUUUCAGGGCUGUGACCAGCAGAUGCUGUUGGACAUGUUGCUGAGGCUAAAAUCCAUCAUCUAUCUUCCGGGCGACUUCGUGGUGAAGAAGGGUGACAUCGGUAAAGAGAUGUACAUCAUCAAAAGUGGAGCGGUGCAGGUGGUGGGAGGACCGGACAACAGCAUAGUGUUUGUCACGCUGAAGGCCGGCUGUGUCUUUGGAGAAAUCAGUCUGCUGCAGUCUUCCAAAGAUGGCGGUAACCGGAGAACGGCUAACGUGAAAGCUCAGGGCUUUGCCAACCUCUUUGUCCUGGAGAAGAAGGAUCUGUUUGACAUCCUGGUGCACUACCCAGAGUCCCAGAAGGUGCUGGCCAGGAAGGGAAAGAAACUAAUGAAGGCCAAAGGUCCGGCGGCCAAGACAGAAGAACAGAAGAAGACGGGUCUGGCACUCUUCGGACCCAAACCCCCCACUCCCAAACUCCUGCGCGCUUUUGGUGGGAACUUCAACAAGCUACUAAAACUUAAGAACGCGGCUUCAUAACGUGGAAUCCGAGGCCAUAUGUUUUUUGUACUUUCUUAUUCUUUGUUGCUUUAAUGGAGGUGAAUGUACAGUGUGUUUUGAACCUUCCUGUCAUGAGUUUGCGUAGCUGUCUCUUAGUCUGGGUAAUUUGGUUGGUGUGAGAUAUUUGAAAGAGAUUCUACAAAUGUAAAUAUAUUCACUCGCUUGUGGGGAUGAUAUUUUGUUGUUAUAUUAUUAUUAUGUUAUACUCAUUUUAAAUAUAAAGUUGUAUUUGUCCUUUUCAUUGCCACCACUUUUUAUCAGUUUGCUAAUAAUACACAAUAAUACAGUGCCUAACAUAAGGAUGAUAUUUUAUAGUCAGGUCUCCAAAUGACAUGGCAAAACAUAACUGGAUGUGUGCUUUGCGUUGUCUGCAAUAACAUCUUUGUGAAUAAAUCUAUUAUCCUGCUAA